AAUUGUAGCUCGUAUUACCCUAGUCCCUCUUCUCUCACAUCUCGACUUUUUGGUUUUCUCUGUGAUAAUAUAUACACACACGUUCAUUCAUUUCAUACUACCUAAUUAAUUUAUUUCUCUCACACUCUCUCUCUCCCUCUCUUUCUCUUCUCCUGUCAACUUUUACUCCGGUUAUUUUCGGCGGCGCUUUUUUCUCUCUUUCACUUCGAUCUCUCUCUCCGAUCUUCCGGAAAGAGAGAUGGCUACUCAAACGGAUGUCUCUUCGUCGGAUUUUAGUGCUGAAACUGUGGGGCAUGCUUUUGUCAGUCAAUUUUACCGUAUUUUGCACCAAUCGCCGGACCUUGUGCAUCGAUUUUAUCAGGAUUCAAGCGCAAUGAGUCGACCAGGUCCUGAUGGUACAUUGGUCACUGUGACUGCCAUGGAUGGGAUUAAGGAUCUCAUACUCUCCUUAAAUUGCAAAGAUUACAAAGCAGAGAUACUGACAGCUGAUGCCCAAGCCUCCUAUAUGGAUGGGGUGAUUGUGUUGGUGACAGGUUGUUUAACUGGAAAGGACGACGUGAGAAGGAAGUUCACUGAGUCAUUCUUUUUAGCUCCACAAGACAAAGGUUUUUUUGUACUCAAUGAUGCAUUUAGGUUUAUUGAAGAAGACAGCUUGCCAGUGCCUAAUUCAUUGGAAGAGGAGGAUGUUGCUAAUAGUGCACCAACAGCAUCUGUGAUGUCUGAAGAGACUACUGAAGCUUCAGAUGUUACUGUAAACCAUACUCCAGCUGUAGUGGCUGAAACGGAAACAAGUAGCACAUCCAAAGACGAGUCAACUGUUGCCGAAAAUGCCAUUCCUCAAGCCCCUGUUGAUCCUGUACACAAUGUCCAACCAGUUGCUGAGACUUUAUCUAAUGGUCAUGUGGAUGCUCCUAAAAAGUCAUAUGCUUCACUUCUCAAGAAUAUGAAGGAGGGUUCUACUACAACACUCGUGUCUAAUGUUGCUAAAGUUGCAACUUCAAAUGCACCAAAGAAGACUGUUGCCUCUCCUGCUGUACAACAAUCUCGUGCUGCUACAGUGCCUGCAGUUUCAGUUGAAUCUUCUGCUUCCAAUGGCAGCAAUGGCAAUGUUGCUGAUGAAGCUGAAGAGAAGGGUCAUUCCGUAUACAUUGGAGAUUUACCCUUUAAUGCAACCCCGGAUCAACUUGAGCAGGAAUUCCAGAAGUUUGGACGCAUUAAACGCAAUGGCAUCCAAGUACGAUCAAACAAGGGUUAUUGUUUUGGUUUUGUUGAGUAUGAAGAUUUCGCUGGGAAACAGAAGGCACUUGAGAUGGCCUACAUUAUUAUCGGUGGGAAAAAAGCUAGUAUACAAGAGAAAAAAACUAGUACUCGAGUUGUCAAUGGUGUGAGCAUGUACCCCUCUGGACGAAAUGGCUACAGGAAUGAUGGUUUCAGGGGACGAGGCAACUAUUCAAAUGGUGGUCGCGGCUACGUAAGAAACGACUUCAACAAGCGCAAUGGGGAAGUUCCUUCUCGAGGAAACCGUAAUGGGGAUGGAUAUGUUUACCAGAAUGAUGGUGGAAGAGGAGGUGCCCGUCAAGGGGGUGGACCCAAGUAGGAGCGAUUUUUGCACCAGUCUUUUUUCCGAGUUGGUGAUACAUAGAGAGAAUUUUGUAGUGAGUAGGACGAGUCUUCUCUUGAUUCUCUUCACUUCAUUGGAUUUACAUUUUGAACUAAGCAAAAAAAAUUCCUCUGAAGAUUGUGAGGGAAAGCUAGAAGAGUGAUUGUUAUUAUCAUUAUUAUUUUUUUAGUUUCUAUUAUUACUCUAAUUUUGCUAAGGCUAGUUAGGGAAUUUUCUGCCCGGAGAAAACAUUGAUGGGUAUUUGUCUGAGAUUGAUCUUAUGUGAAUUGUUAAUUUUCUUGUUGGUAACUACAUGAGUUUUUUUA